AUGGCUGGGAACACCUCACAAAAAGCAGCUACCAAAGACCCAGUCCGCAACUGGGCCGGCUCCCCAGAGCGGGGCCUUCCCCACCCGCCACCAUGGGCUCGCCUGCCCAGGUUGCUACAUGCCGGGGCAGCAGCGGCCCUGCCCAGUAUAAGAGCCCGGAGGCGCCAGGCCGGCUGUCCAGGCAGGUGUGCCAUGGAGGCUGAGGAGGCUGCAGCGGUGAAGGCGGCACUGCGGACACCCAAGUGCUCCCGCUGCCGUAACCACGGCUUCGUGGUGCCGGUGAAGGGCCAUGCCGGGCGCUGCCGCUGGAAGCUCUGCCCGUGCGACAAGUGCUCCCUCAUCACCGAGCGCCAGAAGAUCAUGGCGGCCCAGAAGGCCCUGAGGCAGCAGGUGCCCGACACCCCGGCUGAGGAGGCCACAGGACCCGCUCCCUUGGGAGAAGGCCUUGGGGUGGCCGCCGGGGCAGUCAGAGCCCCUGAGCAGAGCAGCCAUGAGGACACGAAGGGCAUCCAGAGCACUGCCAACAGCAAAGGCAUGGCAUGCAGGGGGCCGCCGCCGCUGCCUCCCAGCGGCCCUGCCUUCUGGGACUACGCUCACACUGCUUUUCCUCCAGAAUACAUGGCCAACCCAGAAUACCUGCAGAGAGAACCUCCAAAAGUGUACCCUGGGUGUUCAGGAGUGUAUCCUUACCGCCCAUUUCCUAUGGGAUUUGCCAUCAACGAGUCAACCUGUAGGACAGCACCAUCACCUCGAGGGAUACCACUUCAGAGCGGUUUCCAACAUGUUCCUAGCAACUGUGGGCCAGGGAAUGUAGCUUCUGUGUCAAUUCCAGAUGGAGGUGGAGAUCAGCAUCAAGGAUACUACACCCCUCUGCCUCAGUUCAUGCCACCAAGCUUUCUGCCAGGGAUUCAUUACAUCUCACCUCCCAUUUCAGUGAACGUGUCUGAAACAACCAUGGAAGCACAUGCUACUGAAGCUGACAGUCAGGAUUCAGGGUGGGUUCGUGAACCUGGCCCACGAUCUUCCCCAGAAGAAUCAAGCAGAGACCAGUCUCUAUAUUCUAAACAGUAA